UGACGGCAACAGGAAAUGUCGGCGGACCGGGCCACGUUUUUGAUGAAGGAUGCGUCGUGAGUUCAUGCUGUCUUUUACCCUGAAAGUGAUGACAAUAAUCCCGUGAUUAACUAUAUCAUUCGCUAUCGAAUCGGGACGUCGUGCCAGUCUGUUCUGGGCGUCUGCCGAAUGAACACGUGUGUGUCUCCCGCCAAAAGCCACAAAGAUCCCCGCGAGAAAGUUUCCAUUUUGAAGGUUUUUUCGCCUCGACAGUAAAAAAUGAGCGGCGGCUUCAACUUCGGGCAGCAAACGGGCUUCUCGUUCGGGGCCCAGAGGCCCGCUGCCCCCGCCGCCGCGGCGGCCCCGGCCGGCUUCGGCAUGAGCGCCGGCCCGGCGGCCCCGGCCCCGGCGGGAGGAGGCUUCUCCUUCGGAGCCGCCGCGCAGCCGAGCGCCGCCCCGGCCGGGGGCUUCAGCUUCGGCACCCCGGCGAACAGCGCCCCCGCCCCGGCCCCGGGGUUCUCCUUCGGGACCCCCGGAACCACCAACGCCGCCGGGUUUGGCCAAGCCGGUGCUGCUCCGGCCGCGGCCCCGGCGGGGCUGGCUCUGGGAUCCGUGGCUCCCCCGGGGACCGGCUUCGCUCUGGGGGGAGCGCUGUCCGGCCAGACCGCCGCCCCCCCGGCGGGAGGAGGCUUCAGCUUCGGGGUUCCCUCUCAAGCUCAACCAGCUCAAGCUCCAGCUACGGCAGCAGUUGCACCCACGACAGCUGCAGCAGCACCAGCCGGGAUGUCGUUUGGGGCGUUCAGUUUUGGGGCUUCAAAAGUGCAGAUGACCACGGCGGCUCCGGCUCCCACGGGUGGAGGCUUCGGCUUGGGCACCACGGCUCCAUCCAGCCUCGCCCAGCCCCAGAUCCAGCUCCAGCCUCAGCUUCAACCCCAGCUCCAGGCACAGCUACAGCUCCAGCCCCAACCCCAACUCCAGCUCCAGCCAGCCUCCACCGCUGCAGCAGCAGCAACCCAGGGUGGAGGUUUUAGCUUUGGGAUCAAACCUUCAUCAACCCCAGCUCCACCUGCGGCGACCCAGGCAGCACCGUCUUCAGGCUCGAGUCUCUUUGCUCUACCCAUCCCUUCAUCUGUUGCACCUUCAGCUGCACCUUCAGUUGUACCUUCGGUUGCAGCUUCCACUGCAGCAGCGACAGGCUUUACGUUGGGGGCAAUUCCAGCCACUUCAGCAGCCAUCGCCCCAACCACAGCUGCCCCUGGGGGAGCUUUGUCUUUUAUGCUCAAACCUCUGGGGGCGGCCGCCGCCACCUCUGCUCCCGCCUCCACUGCCGCGGUUGUGCCCGGUACGACGGCGACUGCUGCUGCUGCUCCAGGCUUUUCGCUGGGAUUCAAACCCGCGUCCAGCACAGGUAUCGCAACAGCAACGGCCACAGCCGCAACGAUCACUACGACCGCAGCUCCUCCGGUGAUGACCUACGCUCAGCUCGAGGGUCUCAUCAACAAGUGGAGUCUUGAGCUGGAGGAUCAGGAGAGACAUUUCCUCCAGCAAGCGACUCAGGUGAAUGCCUGGGACCGCAUGCUGGUGGAGAACGGAGAGAAAAUCACAGCGCUGCAUAAGGAGAUGGAGAAGGUGAAGUUGGACCAGAGGAGGCUAAACCAGGAGCUGGAUUUCAUCCUGUCCCAACAGAAGGAGCUGGAGGACUUGCUUUGCCCGCUUGAGGAGUCUGUGAAGGAGCAGAGCGGGACCAUCUACAUGCAGAACGCUGACGAGGAACGCGAAAGAACAUACAAGCUCGCCGAGAACGUGGAUGCGCAGCUGAAGAGGAUGUCACAGGACCUGAAGGAGAUCAUAGAGCACCUGAACACAUCCAGUGGUCCAGCCGACACCAGUGAUCCACUCCAGCAGAUCUGUAAAAUUCUCAACGCUCACAUGGAUUCACUGCAGUGGAUCGACCAGAACUCAGUUCUCCUGCAGAGAAGAGUGGAAGAAGUGUCCAAACUAUGCGACACAAAGCGCAAGGAGCAAGAGAAAACCUUUCGUCUAACGUUUGACUGAUGUGCAGAACGCGGGUCCCCCCCGUGUGAGAUGUGAUGACUUCUUUAUGCUUUAAGUUUGCCUCCAUGUUCCACUGUUUUUCCCCUCAGUGGUUUUGCUUUGCAUGAGUAUGAUAAAGAUCAUUAUUUUCAUGCAGUAGCCUUUUCUAUGAAGAAUUGUUCUGAAUAGUCUAAUUAAAAAAAAAUCUUUGGGAUACAUUUUUACUGGUCUCAUUAUAAAUUAAAUGGACGUUUCUGUCGGUAGCUGCAGUUCAGCUGCAAGUUUGGGUUUUUUGUUUUCAAUAUCAGGCUGAAAUAAUUAGUUGACAGAAAAUUACACUGCACACAUUGUUUUGCUCGUGUAUAUUAGGUAUUGUAAAUUGAGUAUUUUUGCGUUGGUGGUCUCCCUUUUUGGUUUAGUGUUGACAACCAUUAGUGCCUUUUUAUUUUAAGUAAGGUUGAAAAAUCUCCAAUGAUGCAGUUGUUCAUGAAAUUAAGUCCUGCUUUUUAUCAUGCAUGCACUCUUACUAUGCAGAUUAUCAGCUUUUAUUCUAUUUUUGAAAGGGAAAUUUUCAUCCAAAGCAUAAUCAAACUUUGUUUGUAUACAAAAAUAUUUUUCCUAAGUGGAUUAUUUGCAUUUAUGCAACUACUACAGAAAAGCGUUACCAAAAACAAGACCAACUUCACCUUUUUCACUAAAGAAGCAAAGCCGAUCAACCUGGAACUUUAAAUAAACAAAACCCAAAUAAGCUCCUUUUACUGAAGAAGUUAUAUUGUCAAGUCACUUCUUUACUACCAAGGAGCUCAGAGGAACUAAGUCCCAGUUCACCGUCUGCUUCAAGGUUUUUGCCAGCUAAUGUGUGUGUGGUUUUAAGCUACCAGUGUCUUUUCUCUACUCAGACCUGAAGUGUCUCCAACAUUUAGGUGCCUUAAGACGAUUGCAACUGAGAGGCCACACCCUCUCUUACUAUAAAAAUACAAAAUUAAUCCAUUUCAGACAUCAAGUUUAUCUGGUUUAGAGCCAUAACAUGCAUAGAAAUAGUGACAAGCUCUGAGUUUUAACUUUACUUUUUAUAAUCAUCCACACAGAACACUUUCGGUGAAGAAAUUCAAGAGUAGAACUGCUUAUUUGAAACACUUUUAUUGCAAACCGUUGCAUAACAAUUCCAGUUACGACUGUCUUGCAUCUAAAAAGCACAGUUUGUAUUUCUAUCAUGUUCCCUUUGGAUUCAUCAAAUGGAACCCAAAAAAAUGAAUAAAAUAAACCCUGUGAUCUGAAAUACAGUGAUGCUACCUGAAUGUCACAGCAAUGAGACAAAAUGAUAAAUCUUUGCAAUUAUUUGUUCUUUUGACACGUUAAUGUACCUGAAUGUCGUUUCAAAGAGGAAAAGAGCUUUUAUUCUAUUUUGGCAAGUACAAAAAAAUUACCACAGAAAACCUUUGUCUGCUCCAGUGAACUAGAUGUACCUUCCUCUGCGUCAUUUUUCAAAUUAAAAAAAAUGACGUAGCUCUAAAACCAACAGUAAACUUAUUUAAAAAAAAAAAAAAAAAAAUGUUGCAUAAUUUUUUUUUCAUAUUAAAAAAAUAAAUACAAAGUCUGCAGAAAUAUUUAAAUAUAUACAACAUUUAUUAAAACAUAAAAAAAAAACUUAAAAGGAAGUCACCUGUACAACGCAAACAUUCAAGGUCCUGAUGCCAACUCGCAAGAAUGAUGUAGAUUUAAAAAAGUACUGAGCACCAUAUUCACAGACUUUUGCAUGUUUGUGUUUAAAAUCACGAGAAGCAGGUCGUGUUCAUCCGGCAGCUCGUUCCAGCAGAAAACACUCAGGAGUAACUUUCAUUAUCGACCCACGUCGUCAUCCACUGCUUCUUUCCAAAAGGAUCAAGUUUGAUGUUUCCGUCUUUAUAGGCCAGAGUUUCUUUUCUUAUCCGCACUGCGUGGUAGCGACGGACACUGUCGUCUCGUUUGGACCGUCUGAAGAAUCCACACUGGGUUUUAGGAGAGAAUAUAAAAUUAAUAUUUCUUCAAACCGAGGAGCGUUCAUGCACUCCGGAGCUGCGUAGGAACGUUAGGCAUGCUUUGCGGCUUUUGCCAAGCCAAGCAGAUGCAGGGAUGUCAAGAAAAGCGUCCGCAGAGCACGGAAACGUUACAAAAAUGGAAGAUUGCAGAGCAAAGUGCAUCAAUUUCUGGGCAAAAUUCAGAGACACAUAUUGCACAAAGGUUUUAAUUACACAGUCUACGUUUGCACCACAUGCAAAGUUGCUGAUGCUGAAUUAGGUGGAAAAUUCUUCUACUUGAAUUUCUCCAAAUAACUCGUGCCAUCAGAUCGGCACAAUAUGUGUCUGAUUGAAUUUACUCUGAUUGAGUCAGCAGAUUUGGCUGAAGAGUGAGUUGAUUUGAAGCUGCAGAAAUAAUAACACUUCAUGCUGACUUUACCCCUGUUCAGAGGAAAAAUAAAUAAAAAUCAGGCGUCAUCUGAGACUUUCUCCUUGUCGGCAGGCUGAACGCGGAUCUUUGCCUUGUGAUACGCAGCUUCGUACUGUUCUUUAGACGGUCUCUUGAAGAAACCACACUGAGGAGGAGCAAGGCAGUGGUUAAGAGUGUUGGGAGGGUGAAUUACGCAGGAUGAUCUCCAUCAGAGACGGAAUAUAUUUGACUAAAUGCUGCACAUGUCGGUCCUGAUGCUGGCGUCGUUCUUUGCAGCUCAUUAACUCAAUAUUUCAAACCCAAUUCUGACCGAUGACCUUUGGGCUUAUUCCCGUAGCUCAAACUGUCUUUCCUUACCUUGGUUUGUUUUAUAAUAAACCUUAAAAGUACCUUAAACAAACAUUACAGCAAAAAAACUGAUGCACACUUACUAGUUUUAUGGUAAUUUUUACGCUUUUCUUCAGCACAGAUUUGGACCACUACAUAAAGUAUAUUCCAGUACAAUGUAAAGACUACAGGAUUAAGAUAACGUUUGAAAAUGAUGUAUAAUUGCGUGAAAAUGUGUCUUCUAAUGCAGUUUGUUAAGGAA